GAAUAAAUGGAAAUGAUAAUGAAGAAGGCUCCUCCUACACUACCCGCCACAUUUAUUGCCUUUCUUUUCCUCCUUCACUUCUCACUCACCACCUCCCAUCCCAAUCAACAACAACAACAGCGGUAUGUGGUAUACAUGGGAGAGCACAGUGGAGAGAAAAGAAGUGAGGGAGAGAUAGAAGAGGCGCACCAUUGGUAUCUGCACCAAGUAAUAAUGCCCUCCAAACAUGAAGUUAAGUCUUCCAUCGUACACAGCUACAAGAAUGUCAUCAAUGGCUUCUCCGCUUUCCUCCGCCCGGACCAAGCCGCCAUUAUUGCUGGGAUGGAGGGCGUGAUCUCAGUGUUCCCCGUGAAGACACUAAAGCUCCACACGACAAGAUCAUGGGACUUCGUCCAUCUUCUCGAAACAAAAGCCAAAGCAAACCCAAAUCUCCAUCAAUCAUCGACGACACCAAAUUUACUCCAGGGAGCCGCCGGGAUGGGAGGUGAUGUCAUCGUUGGCGUCAUUGACACCGGGGUAUGGCCAGAGUCCCUUAGUUUCAGAGAUGAGGGGAUGGGACCGGUUCCGGCGUCAUGGAAAGGGGCUUGCGAAGUAGGAGCUGCGUUCAAUACUACCUCCUGCAAUAGGAAAAUAAUUGGAGCGAGGUAUCACGUCAAGGGGGUGGAGGCACAGUUUGGUGCAUUGAACAAGACGUUAGACUUCCGUUCACCGAGAGACAUAGACGGCCAUGGAACUCACACCUCAUCCACCAUCCUAGGCCAGAGAGUUGCCGGAGCAUCCGCCUACGGUGGAUUCGGCAGCGGCACCGCCACCGGCGGGGCACUGCAGGCGCGUCUGGCGGUCUACAAAGCUUGUUGGACCGUGAGCAGCGGCGGCGAAGUGGCGAGCGGUGUUUGUCUGGAGGACGACAUUCUGGCGGCAUUCGACGCCGCCAUCGGGGACGGGGUCCACGUGAUUAGCGUGUCCCUCGGCGGAGCGAAUGAGAAGGGGUACUUCACGGAGGACUCGAUCGCGAUCGGAGCAUUGCACGCCGCGAAGAGGAACAUUGCCGUCGUCUGCAGCGGCGGCAAUGAUGGCCCGGACCCUGAGACGGUGGCGAAUGUCGCGCCUUGGAUCUUGACCGUCGCUGCCAGCAGCACGGAUCGGCUCUUUUCUGCACCUCUUGUACUCGGAAAUGGCGUAACGGUCAAGGGGGAAAGCAUAACUCCCGUCGGGAAAUUAGGAAACACGGCACUGCCGCUGGUCUAUGCAGGAGAUGUAGAGAUUCCCGGUUCAACCAAUUCCAGUCUUUCAGGGUUUUGCAUGCCCAACACACUUACACCAGAGAAGGUGAAAGGGAAAGCAGUGUUUUGCCUCAAGGGAUACACCGAUCAGUCCUUAGAAGUGAAAAGAGCUGGUGGUGCCGCCGCCGUGCUAGGGUUUCCGGUGGCCCAACCACUUCUUGGCACCAUGUUGCUUCCAGCAACAACCGUCUAUUAUCCAAACACGACAGAUGUCAUUCUCAAAUACAUCAAGACCGACAAGAAACCCGUUGUGAAGCUGAUCCCUGGAACCACUGAAUUUGGCACUAAACCUUCCCCGACAAUGGCUUACUUUUCCUCAUUAGGCCCAAGUAAUGUUGAGCCUAACAUCCUCAAGCCUGACAUCACAGCACCAGGACUAAACAUUCUAGCAGCAUGGAGUGAGGCUACAUCGCCAACAGAGUUACCUGAAGAUCCUCGCAGAGUGAAGUAUAACAUCAUAUCUGGAACCUCAAUGUCAUGCCCUCACGUCUCUGGUGCCGUUGCCCUUCUUAAAGCCAUACAUCCCCAGUGGAGCGCUGCUGCAAUUAAAUCUGCUCUCAUGACCACAGCUACAACUGAGAAUCUUCGAGGGGGACCAAUAGAGGAUGCAUAUGGAGACUUGGCAACUCCAUUCCAUUAUGGAGGAGGCCAUAUGCGACCAUCCAAAGCAGCCGAUCCUGGGCUUGUGUACGACGCAGCAUACACAGAUUAUCUUAGCUUUAUUUGCACUGUUAAUGGCACUUCACUAGACCGCUCUUUCAAAUGCCCCAAGAAUCCUCUAUCCGUAAGUGAUCUCAACUAUCCGUCGCUCGCAAUAGCCAACCUCAAAGGUUCUGUGAUGGUGAAAAGAACAGUUACAAAUGUGGGCUCACCCAAGGCUACUUAUAAGCUGGAAGUGAAAGCCCCAACUGGUUACUCCGUCAACAUUACUCCACCAAUCCUGACAUUCAAAGGAGUUGGAGAAAAACAGAGUUUCAGCAUAAGUGUUAAGGCUGAAAACACCAAGAAAAGCAAUGUGUCUACUAAUGAAUUUGGCUGGUACAAAUGGAGCGAUGGCAACCACGUGGUCACAAGUCCAAUUGUCAUCUCAGCCCCGCCUAAAAAGAUAGCCAACUUAGUCUCCUCCAGCACUAGUUACGUAUCCGCCGCCUGAUUGCUCUACUUCUAUUGAUUUCAUUCAACAAAGUAGCUGUUAGGUCAUUUGAACGCCUUUUAUUUGGAUCUCCUCAGUUUAAACAUUACAUUAAUAGGAGAAGCAGUUGCACAUGAAAUGUGCUAUCAAUGAUAAGCAUGGGGAAAUGUACUAUCAAUAAUAAGUUCUAGAUAUACAAAUUGACUCCAUUGAUCCGUUUUGUUUAUUUUUAUGUCUUUGGUAUAAGUUCUAGUGCUCUCCAAACACAACUCUCCAUGGAGAAAAGAUUUUAUUUUUGUGACGGCUGGCUCAAUCACUUUUGUUGCCCAAAUCUCAUUAGAAGCCGCUACAAAGAAGACCGCUUCAUUUGAAUUUUGAAUUGAGAUAUUAAAUUUUUAAAAAUCACAAUAUCUCAAAAAAACUACUAAGUCUCUGUUUGGCAAAAUACGAUGACAAGUAGGCGAUAAGUGAUUCGAAAACUUUUAACUUACGGCCUAUGCCUUAUAGCCUAGCUAAUCUCAUAGAUUGUUUGGUAAAAACGAGUGUGUCCAAAUUUUUAUCUCCCCACUUCCCAUCAAUGAAAGGACACUUUACCC